UCUCAUUCUCCCCACAGUCCCUCUCCUCCCUCACUCUCUCUCAGUCCUCCUCUAUUCUCUCAUUAAAUAGGACUGUGUUUGGCCUCACCAUCCCUGAAAGACGUCAGACUCUCAGAAAUAACACCAAGAGCUCUGCUGAUUUCAGCUCCGGUUUCCUGCCUCCACCUUACUCAGGCCCGGAGCCAAGCGGACCAGGAAGUGGAGAGGAGGGAAACUCUCAGACACACCCCCUCCGGCCAGCUCCGUCUCUAGUCUCACUUAUUCCUCCUUGUCACUUCUCCAGAGGCUUCUCCUUUCUCCUUGUGAUCCCGGAGCUGAAUCUGAAAGACAGGAAUCAGACUAAAAAAGCCAUGGCGGUGUCUCCAUCAGAUGAUUUUGAGGUCCUAGUUAAAGGGCUGAAUAGUUGGAAUCUCCCCACUGGCCCUGUCCCUUGUGAACUACUGCUCAUUGGUGAAGCUGCCUUCCCAGUCCUGGUGAAUAAGAAUGGUCAAGUCUUAAUUGCUGCUUCACAAUAUGGCCAGGGUCGAAUGGUAGUCAUGUCCCAUGAAGGCUACCUGCAAGAUAGCAUGCUGGCUCAGUUUCUUUGCAAUGCUGUGGGCUGGCUCAACCAGAGACCAGGAACUGUUGUGGGGGUGCACACAUCUGUGGAACCUCUUGCUGGCAUUCUCCAUGACUCUGGAAUGAAGGUGCAAAUUAUGAAUGGCCUUGAAGACUCUGUUGGAGUUUACUGCAUCAAUGCCUAUGACAGCACCUUGGCCAAAGAGCUGAUUCAAUUUGUGAAAAAUGGUGGGGGCUUACUUAUUGGGGGCCAAGCUUGGUAUUGGGCAAGUCAACAUGGACGUGACAAGGUUCUGUCCAAUUUCCCUGGGAACCAGAUGACCAGUGUAGCUGGUGUGUACUUCACUGAUGCCUAUGGAGAUACAAGCUUCCUCAAGGUCUCUAAGAAAGUGCCUAAAAUUCCACUUACACUCAGGUUUGGAGAGGAACUCUCUCAGGACCAACAGCAACUCCUGGAUGGAAUCACAGAGCUGGAUAUUAAUACUGGUGGACAGCCUUCUCAGAUUCUGGUUCAUGGAGCCUUGGCUUUCCCUCUCGGGCUAGACUCUUCACUUAACUGCUUCCUGGCAGCUGCCCGCUAUGGCCAGGGUCGAGUGGUACUUGCUGCUCAUGAGAGCAUGCUCUGUGCCCCCAAACUGGGCUCUUUUCUGUUCAAUGCUGUUAUCUGGCUAACAGGAGGACAAGCAGGAAGAAUUGGUGUUAACACUAAUCUUAAAAACCUAUCUUCCCUUUUGUCUAAUAGAGGCCUGAACUACAGCCUAGAAUCUCAGCUGACCCCUGGCUUGAGUGUUUACUGCUGCUCAGCCUACAGUGACCAAGAGGCAAAGAAGCUGCAUGAGUUUGUGGCAGAGGGUGGAGGACUACUGAUUGGGGGCCAAUCCUGGUGGUGGGCCUCCCAGAAUCCUGGCAAGCAUGCUGUGGCUGAUUAUCCUGGAAACCACAUCCUCAACCCCUUUGGUCUCAGCAUCCUAGGUUGCUGUCUCCAAAGUGGACGGUUUCCUGUCCUUGUGCCCAGUGAAAGGAACUAUCAUUUCCGCUUAGCAUUGUCUUACUUCCAAGAUGAAGUGAAAGGAGACAAAGUCUUGGCAGAAAACUGGCAUUGUAAGCUAAUGAGGGACUGUGGGGCCUUCCUGAAGAUUCCUGCAAAAGGAAUCCCUGCCUAUGCCUCCCUGCACAGAUUCUUGAAGAAAGUGCUCAAGCAAACUGGCAUCCCCCAUGUCAGCCAGGAUCAUCCUGUGCACAGCAAUUCCUGUGAGGCUACACUGCUCUGUGUGGCCACUGAGCUUACUCAAAGUGGGACAGAUUGCUUUUCACUGGUCCACAGAGCUAGUAAUGGGACUUGUCCCUCCCAAGUGUUCUCCUCAGCACUCCCUGUCACCAUGGAGAUCAAUGGUACCAGUCCAGAUGUCACUACAUGGGUGAGCACUGGACUCUACCUCCAUGAAGGCUUUACUGUAUCCAUCAAAAUGCCAAGUGCUGUGUCUGCUGGCCUACAGGUACAAAUCGGCUGCCACUCUGAUGAUCUCAGUGGGGCCAAGAAUCUUUGCCGAGCACCCGUGGUAAUUCACCGCUGCUGUCUGGACAGACCAGAGCUGUCAGUCUCCUGCCUCUGGGGGGGCCUCAUCUAUGUAAUUGUGCCUAAGGGCAGUAACCUGGGUCCUGUGCCAGUCACCAUCUCUGGAGCUGUGCCUGCUCCAUACUUCAAGCUGGGGGAGACAUCUCUGGAAGAGUGGAAGAACUCUAUCCGCCACCAUCCAGUGCCCUGGGGGGAGCUGGCAACAGACAAUAUCAUCCUUACAGUGCCCUCUGAACAUCUUGAAGAUCUAGAAAACCCAGAACCAUUACUUCAUCUUUGGGAUGAUAUGAUGGGAGCUGUGGCCAGACUUGCAUCAAUAAGCUUCCCUUUCCCUCGACCCGAGAGGAUUGUAGCUGAUGUACAGAUCUCAGCUGGCUGGAUGCAUUCAGGAUACCCUGUCAUGUGCCACAAGAAAUCAGCAGAGGAGCUAGUCAAUGAGAAGAAAAUAAGAGCUAAUGGCCUCUGGGGUCCCAUCCAUGAGCUAGGUCACAAUCAGCAACGAGGUGUCUGGGAGUUCCCUCCACAUACAACUGAGGCUACUUGCAACUUGUGGUCUGUCUAUGUGCAUGAGAUGGUGCUAGGCAUCCACCGGAGUCAGGCUCACCCUGCCCUGACUCCCUCAAAGAGGGAAACCAGAGUAAAAGAAUACUUGAGAAAAGGGACUCCCCUGAAAGAAUGGAGUGUUUGGACAGCACUGGAGACUUAUUUGCAGCUACAGGAGGCUUUUGGCUGGGAGCCUUUUACCCAAAUCUUCAUGAAAUAUCAGACCUUAUCAGGAGUGCCCAACAACAAUCCUGGCAAGAUGAACAUGUGGAUAAAACAGUUCUCUCAUCAAGUACAGAGGAAUUUGGCUCCUUUCUUCCAGAGCUGGGGCUGGCCUGUAGAGGAGGAGGUGGCUGCUUCUCUAGCCUGCCUCCCUGAGUGGCAAGAGAACCCCAUGAAAGCAUACCUUCUCACGCAAAAUUAAGGGAUUCCCAUCAAGCUCAAUGAAUCUGGGGGCAGGAUAUAACACCAUUUCUAAAACUCAAUCUAUGAAUUGAGAGGGCAAUACUCUCUAGAGUACUACAUCUAUGCAGCCCUUUUGAAACAGCAAAUAUUUAUUGAUCAUCUUUGGUGUUCAAGAUAUCAUAGGAUGUUAAGGGAGUUAAGUUAUCAGGAGUACGUCACCUCUCUGAAAAUGAGAAAUCCAUAUGGAAACUUGCUCUUCUGUUUCCAAAAGAAGCCUUAAACAGCAUUACAAAUUAGUAUCAAUUAUUCCUUCUCUGGGCAUCUGUUUUUGAUUUAAAUGUGCUAUUAUUCACCAAUAUUAUAUAAUACUGAGAGCAUUGGAUUUGGAGUUGGGACUUUGGUUUGAAUCCUAUCUUUGUCAUGUAGUGCUUUUGUGACAGGAAGUUGCUAAAUCUCUUUGGGCCUCAAUUUCCCUGUCUUUCAAAUGAGAGAACAGCACUUGAUGAUCUCUAAAGUUCUAGAGUUUAAAAGUUGACUCUAAACCUAGGAUAAUAUGAAAUUCUUUCCUGAUCCUGAGACAGGUUCAACUUGUCUUUUUAGGAAUCCAAAAUAUUUUAUCUGAGCUUUUAUUUUUAAUUCAUUGUUCUGAAUAUCUGGAUAUGGUCCCAAAGUGAGACAUAAAUUUAUCAUAAGACUCAGCAGGCUCUUAACGUGUCAUGGCUAGUUCAUACUAUGAUAGCUCCUAUAUGCAAAAUGUUGUAAAGUUUAAAUUUUUCAAAGCUUAUACUGCAUUAAGACUUUUGGGAUGAUAUGUCAUUUCUUUUAUAAUUUUUUUAUAAUCAAAACCUGCUUUUUAUGUGAUACCCAGGACCUUCUCUAAGUUUUUAAGGUGCAUUUUCAGAAAAUUUCAGAAAAAUCCAGUCCAUUCAAGAGGAUAUUAAAUUAAAUUUUAAAUUUAAUUUAAAUUAAAAUUUUCUGGAGUAUGCUUUAAGCUACAGGAAAAGCAUUGUAAAAUCACAAAUAUGAUAAUCAAAUCUAUUAUGUUUUGCCCCCAUCAAUUCAUUCUAUCUGCCAAUAUCCUUUUCAUGAAGAAAGAAACAAUGGCUGCGUUAUUUGAAUGUGAAAAAACUAAAAGAAUUUCUAUCCAUUGCUUGAUGAUCUCAAUAAAUCAAUCAAUAAACAUUUAUUAUGUGCCUGCCAUGUGGCAGGAAUUACAAUAAGCACUGGAAUAAAGAAAAAAGGAGGGAAAUAAACCCUGACCUCAAGGAAUUCACAAUCUAAUGGAGACAACAUGCAAAUAUGAAUGUGUACACACAUGGCUAAAUACAAUAAAUUAACAGGAAAAGCUCUAGAAUUAAGAGGAUCUGGGAAAGACUUCCUAUUAAAAAUGGGGUUCAGAUGGGAUAUUAAAGAAUCAAGGGAAGUCAAUAAAUAGAGAUGAAGAGGGAGAACAGUCCAGGCAUGGCAAACCACUAAAACUUCCAGAGCUGAGAAAUGGUGAAGAAUCAGGAGGUCAGUGUCACUGGUCUGAAGAGUUCAUGACUGGGAAUAAGAUAUAAAAAGACUGGAAAGGUAGGAGCGGGUUAUUGCAUUUGAUUCCCCUGGCCAUAUGAGGCCACUGGAGUUUAUUGAGUAGAGGGGUGGUGGUUGGGGCUGUAUUUUAGGAAAAAUCAUUUGAUUGCUGAAUGGAGAAGGGAUUGGAGUGGGAAGAGGCUUAAGGUAGACCGAUCUACUAGCUGACUAUUGCAGUAUUCAAGGUAGGAGAUGAUGAGGGCCUGCAUUAUAAUGGCAACAAUGUCACAGGAAAGAAGGGCCCACAUUCAAGAGAUACUGCAAAGAUGAGAUUGAUGGGCCUUGGCAACGGAUUAUCAUCUGAUAAAAUGAGGCAUUUAAAAGUAACAUUAGACCUCUGGCCAUCAACAAGAAGGUUGUGAUACCAAUGAAAUUUAUAAGAGACAUAUACCCCUAACCUCCUUCACUUUUCAGUCACACAUACACAAAAAAGUACCUACUAUGUGCCAAGGAUUAUACUGGAAAAUAUUCUUUGAUAUUCUUGAGAAUCAUGGUACCCUUUUGAUAAAGAACAAUUCACACAAAAGAAUGACCCUGCUAUCCAUGUCACAUAUAUUCACUUGGGGUUUUCUGAACUGUUUUAAAAUUAUUUAGUUUUAAUUCUUUUGAUUGUUUCUAUUUUCUUUUUUUUUUUUUUCUGUUUACUUCUGUUUCAUCCUUGGGCUACAAUAUGCUAUUAGCCUAUAAUGAGACAGGAUUGAAGUUCUGAAUUUUAUAAUACUUUUUUUUCGUAAUGGUGUAUAUGUUUUUGGUACUGCAUAAAACAUGUUAUUAUAAUAUAUGUAAUAGAAUAAUAUAUAAUUAAUAUCACAGUAUUACACAAAAGUGCAUAUAAUACAGAAUUUCAAAAUACUGACUUUGCUACAUA